AUGUCUCCCGCUGUCGCUAUAUUGGACGUCCCAGUGUUCGCUGGACAAGGCACCACGGCUGCAAACUCUCCUCAAACUCGCCAGCAAGCUCUUAAAGAUGCCGCGUCGCCCGCAGGCUCACUCCUGUUGAGCUCGUGCUUCGAAACAUUCCAUAACGAGCUGUCUACCCUUACCACUGAAGAACUGGCAUCGGUAGACAUCACUCUGUCUGAAUUCGCCAACAAGAACGCGUUAUUAGAAGUCCCCUCGGACAAAUAUCUCAACAACUCCCUCAUCACUGGACCAACCUUGUUCCUGAUCCAAUCCCUCCGUUACCUUGCUUUCGUCGAAGCCUCUGGGUUGGAAAAUGACUCCUUGACGCCGUUCAGUGACGUCCUCAAGGGUAACCUUGAGCACGGCUUGGGUGUGUUCGGUUUCUCGUCCGGAAUUUUGCCUGCCGUUGUGGUCGGCUCAGCCCUUUCCACUAUCACAUAUAUCUCCCGCGCGGUCGAAGCAUAUCGCCUGGCUCUUUGGAUUGGCGUUCGCACACAAAUCUAUCGUGCUAAACAUGCGGCCAACGACCCAAGCUCGCCGUGGAGCUUGGUCUUCUUGGGGAUCAGCAAGGAGACCACGGAGGAAGCCAUCCUCGAGUUCGCUAAGGAUAACGAAGGCGCUUCCCUUUUCGUCACCGCAGUCAUGGAUGAUAAAUGCGUGACAGUCUCUGGACACCCCGAUACUCUUGCUGCCUUCGCAAGCAGUCUAACUACGGGGGCUGUUGUCCACAAGACCUCGGUCGAUACGUUGUAUCAUUCGCCCGAGCAUAUUAACGGCGUUCGUCAAGAAGUUCUUGACGAUGUCGUUCGCCGAAGCAUCAAAUUCCCCGACUAUUCUGAUAUCAUUGUCCCUGUCCGCUCCACGUUUACCGGGGAUGCUCUGGACAAAAAGGUCACUGAUGGAACGCUGGUCGAUGCUGUUUUGGAUAUGGUCCUUACUCAGCCAGUCAAUUGGGACUUGGUCGUUGACGGGCUUGUCAAGUCUGCCCCUGUCGGUAUCCCUCUACGCCUCCUGAAUGUUGGCCCAGGGACCGGGUUGACUCGCAGUAUGGAAAGGUCCUUCUCGAAGGAUGUUGUUUCGUCCUUGGACCUUACAUCUGUUCACAACGAGGCAACUGGCGAGGCAAAGUCUAAGCAAGAGCCUAUUGCUAUCGUAGGCAUGGCUGUUAACAUGCCUGGAGCUCGAGAUGCCUCCAAACUGUGGGAACUCCUCGAGAAAGGUAUCAACACCAUAUCCGAGGUGCCGGAGCAUCGUUUCAAAGUGUCCGACUACAAUAACCCGAAGGACGCCAACGCGAAGCGACGGAUGGCGGCUCACACUGGGAACUUCAUUGAUGGGGUCGAUGAGUUUGAUAACAAGUUCUUCAAGAUCUCUCCCCGUGAGGCCAAGAGCAUGGACCCACAGCAACGUGUGCUUCUCCAUACAGCGUACGAAGCAUUGGAAAACUCGGGUUACGUGCCUGGGGCGACACCUACUUUUGAUCCCGAAACAUUCGGUUGUUACAUUGGGGUCGCGACUCACGACUACCUCCAAAAUCUUCGUGACGACAUCGAUGUCUACUACAGUACCGGUACGUUGAAGGCUUUCCUAAGCGGCCGAAUUUCGUAUGCUAUGCAAUUGAGUGGUCCGUCUAUCGUCCUUGAUACCGCUUGCUCUUCUUCGGCUGUCGCCGUGUACCAAGGCUGUCGCGCGCUCAUGAAUGGCGACUGCAACGCCGCAAUGGUCGGAGGCGUCAACGUCAUUGCCAGUCCAGACAUGAUGAUCGGUUUGGACCGCGGUCAUUUCUUGAGCCCUACCGGCCAAUGCAAAGCGUUCGAUGCCUCAGCAGAUGGCUAUUCUCGAAGUGAAGGCUGUGGAAUCUUCGUCCUCAAGCGCCUUUCCGAUGCCGUCGCUGAGAACGACAACAUCCUAGGAGUCAUCCGCGGGGUUGAAGUCAAUCAAAGUGGCUUAGCCCACUCCAUCACUCAUCCGCAUGCCCCUACACAGGCGACUCUAUUCAAACGUCUCUUGGCUAACACUGGCACCGAUCCAAGGUCCGUCAACGUCGUUGAGGCCCAUGGCACCGGUACCCAAGCCGGUGAUCCCAACGAACUUGAGAGCAUCCGAAGCAUUUUCGCUAUCGAUCGGUCGGCUUCCAACCCCCUCCACAUUACCUCCGUCAAAGCGAACAUAGGGCACUUGGAAGCAGCAUCAGGAGCCGCGGGUCUGGCGAAAUUACUUCUGAUGCUUCGACACCGAACAAUUCCCAAACAAAUCUCGCUGAAGAACCUCAACCCUCGCAUCGCCAAUCUAGAGAGCGAUCAUACGAUCAUCGACAGAGAGCACGCGUUCUGGAACCCUUCGCAUGAGGGUACACCCAGGGUUGCGCUUUUAAACAACUUCGGUGCUGCAGGCUCUAACACCGCCACACUCCUGGAAGAGCACCUCGCUCCCGAGCCGCUACCCCAUCCGGAGGGCCUGAGCUUCCCAUUCGGCUUAUCCGCGAAGACGGAAUCUGCUCUCGAGGAGUUACGGUCUCGCUAUGUGACUUGGCUUGAAGGCCCCGAAAGCGAUGCUGCGCGCUUCGGAGACAUCGCGUAUACCAUGACCGCUCGCAGACAAAUUUACUCUCAUCGGAUGGCCGUACAGGCUAGCUCCAGAGCUGAGCUUAUCGAGAAGUUGAGCAAGGUUUCUCCCGUCGAAGUUCGCGAAGACGCUGCCCAAGUCGUAUUCGUCUUCUCGGGCCAGGGUGGCCAGUACGUUGGCAUGGGCCAGGCCCUCUACAAGACAUCCCCCUUGUUCAAGAAGACGGUAGACGAGUGCGAAUCGAUCCUUACAUCGGCCGGGUUCACCGGGGUCUUGCCGAUCAUCAACCCGGGGCCAGAGGGAAGCGGUUUGACCCAGCUAGAGGAGUUCGAGGCCAACCAAGCAGCUAUCUUCGCCUUGGAGUAUGCAUUAGCCAAGGUUUGGAUAUCGUGGGGUUUGAAACCAGUGGCUGUUGUUGGACACAGUCUGGGUGAAUAUGCUGCCCUUGUGACCGCCAAUGUGCUUUCCCUCAAAGGGGCACUGAUGAUCAUCGCUUCUCGGGUCCGCCUCAUGCUACAGAAAUGCGCUGUUGAAACGACUGGCAUGAUUGCCAUCAACGCGGGUCCGGCCGUCGUCAACGAGGUACUCGCGUCUUCUCCAUCAUUCUCCGGACUCUCUGUCGCCUGUCUCAACAGUGCAACGGACUGCGUGGUAUCCGGGCCAUUGGAAGAAUUGAAAGCUUUGAAGGCCCUCCUUGAUGCGGAAGUGCAUUGCAAGAAUGUGCUCCUAUCAGUACCGUUCGGCUACCACAGCCCUGCCAUGGCGCCCCUGCUGGACGACCUUGUUUUAGUUGCGGGACGCGCAACGAUACGCCCUCCUACGCUGCCUGUGAUCUCCAACGUCCACGGAGAAGUUGUGUUGCCAGGAGAUGCAUCUGUGUUCAACCCUGAGUACUUUGCUCGCCACUGCGCAGAGCCUGUGCAGUUCGAAAAGGGAAUCAACUCGUUCACGUCGCUGCCCGAGUACACCAAGGUUGAUGCAUGGAUUGAGAUUGGUCCUCAUACCACCACGCUGCCAAUGUUGAAGUGCAUAGCGUCCGUUCCGAAGGAUUCCUUGCUCCUUGGCUCGUUGCGCAAGAACCAAGACCCGUGGAACACCUUGGCCAACAGUCUCGCGCAACUCUACCAGUCCAAUGUCACUUUGACCUGGCGCGAAGUCUUCUCUCACCUUCCUUCCGUUCGUUGCAUCGACUUGCCUCUGUACCCUCUUGCUCGUAACAAGUUCUGGGUUGCAUACAAAGAGAGGGAUGCUCCUGCUCCUUCGCAGACCGUCGUUGUUCAGGCAGCACCUCAGGCGGACAACCUCAUUUCGGAGUUCUCCAUGCUGAACGCAUGGGCGCAAUACCCCAGCCUCAGCAAUGGCAAUGUAGCCAUCUUCGAGACACCGAUAAGCCAGCUCGCGGACCGCAUCAAGGGCCACAGUGUUGGCGGCAUGCCGCUUUGCCCUGCGUCAGUUUACCUGGAGCAAGUCCUGGCCGGGUUGCAGCUCGCCAUGCGCCAUCUCAACCAACCAUACGGCAAAAAUCACCCCAUUCUCCGCCACAUCGAGUUUGCCAAGCCCCUGGUGUACGACCCGGAUGUCGCUCGUGUAGUGAUCGCCAGCAUCACCCUCAAUGAUGGCCUAGGUUCCUUCACUGUCAGCUCCCGCGCCGGUUCAGACGUUUCUGUCCACGUACACGGAGAAUACAGGUUCCAACCGAUCUCAGAAACGACCACCAAGUUCUCGCAUAGUCUUCCUGUCAUCCAGAGGCAGAUGAACGCGGUCUUGGAGCCCAAGAACGGGGAGUACCCCGAAGUCUUCAAUACGCGUACGGCGUAUGAGGUCAUCUUCCCCCGCGUCGUCGACUACGCCAAAGAGUACCACACCAUGCGUUCCCUCACCGUCGACCCGAGCGGCAUGGAGGGCUACGCGGACGUCAAGCUACCCGCGAACUACCAUCGCGGCCAGUACGUCGCCCACCCCGUCUUCGUGGACACGCUCCUGCACGUCGCUGGCUUCGUCGCGAACAUGCAGGGCGGCAUCAACGACGCGUACAUCUGCAGCGAGGUCGGGACGGUGAAGAUCCUCACGGACCUCGUGGACAACGACGCGGCGUAUGCGGUGUACUGCAACAACGCGUGGCUUGCGGACGAGGGCGUGAUGCUGACGGAGGCGUAUGCGGUUAAGGUUGGGGAGCCAAAGCGGAUCGUGGCGCAUCUGAAGGGCAUGGCGUUCCGUCGCGUCCGGCUUAACUCGUUGAAGAAGGGUCUCGCGAUGGCGGCCGGCAAAGCACCCUCUCCACACACUGCCAGAUCUCAAGCCCAGCCCAGAUCCCAACCAGCCCCUACCCCGGUUCGUUCAGCAGCAGCACCCGCUCCCGCCGCUAGCGUCCCCGUCAUCGACAUCCAGAGCAUUGUUCUCAAGUUGGUCUCCGAGACGUGUGACAUCAGCACUGCGAGCCUGGAUGUGAACACGGAUCUGACGUCGCUUGGUGUCGACUCGCUGAUGUCUAUCGAGAUAUUUGGCAAGCUCGAGAGCGCCUUCCCCUCUGCAGUCUUAGACGCUUCUGCACUCUCCCACUGCACCACCGUCACCGAGAUCGUUACCGAGGUGUCCAAGGCUGUUCCAGCCGGAUCGAGCAAUGGCAGCAGCGGCAAUGCCUCCCCCGUCUUAGCACCAGCCCCCGCCCCACAACACCAACAUUCCGCCCCACCUGCUCCCGCCCUCCCUGCAGUCGACAUCCAAAGCGAAGUCCUCAAAAUUGUCUCAGAGACGUGCGACAUCAGCCUCUCCACCCUCGGCGUGGACACCGACCUCAACGCGCUCGGCGUCGACUCCCUCAUGUCCAUCGAGAUCUUCGGCAAACUCGAGGCUCUGUUCCCGCACGUCGAGCUCAACGCCGAAGCACUGUCGCACUGCUCGAGCGUCGCUGAUAUCGUGCGCGAAAUCUCCGCCUCCCUAUCAGCAGCAUCAGCAACCUCCCCGUCCGCGCCAACUGUCGCGCCCUCACAAACCGCGUACGAAUCGAGCGUCCCCUCGUCCCCCGCCACUCUAGCGGUUGACGUCCCGACGAAGCUGUCGGAGCCCCCGCGCAUGACCAUCAACAGCGCGGGCAGCGGCCCAGACAUCAAGCAGCUCCUCGCCUCCGUGCUCGACGUCAGCGUCCGCGAGAUCCGGGACGACGUCGACUUCGAGUCGCUCGGCCUCGACUCGCUCACGUCCAUCGAGGCGAUCGCGGCGAUCAAGACGGAGUUCGGGCUCGAUGUGCCGGGCGACUUCUUCGUGCAGUGCUCGACUGCGAAGGCAGUGGAGCGGUAUAUCGCGGGCGAGCUGAGGGCGAGGGCUUGA